UGUGUAUCGUAUAUCAGCAUGCAAGGCACCCACUGCUGACUUCACAACAGGACUGAGCGGCUACACACAAGCUGCUGGCAUCGAUCAAUUUGACUGGACCAGAAGACGUGCAUCAACAACCAGCGGCAGUACAGGUCCUUCGUCAGAUCAUUCAGAUGGCUCUGGUUACUAUCUGUAUAUCGAGACCUCUUCACCCAGGAUUGCGGGUCAGAAAGCCAUUAUCUACUCGCCACAGUACACCCUUAGCGGCACAAAGGUCUGUUCCUUCUCUUUCUGGUACCACAUGUACGGUGCCAGCAUCGGUACGCUGAACGUCUACGUGAAGACUUCCACUGCAAAUGUCCGGGUCUUCACGCAAAGCGGAAACAAGGGCAACAAUUGGCUCUACGCACGCGUGCCCUUGAACACUGUCCCAGCAGCUACAUCUGGUCCAUUCCAGCUGUCAUUUGAAGGUAUUCGUGGAACAAGCUUCACUGGUGACAUUGCUAUCGAUGACAUAGGCUUCUAUGACGACUGCUGUGCCGGUAGCACAUCCGCUAACUUGUGCACAACACCCAUCUACAAGGCAUCAUUCAAAUCCACCACAGACAGCUUCUACAAUGCAGCCACUGAUUCCUUUGACUGGACCCGGCCGGCAACUGCCCUGUCUGGCACUGCACCUAGAACGGAUGCCGUAGGAAGUGGUCCAACACAGUACCUGUCUACUUACAUACCUUCUUCGGUUGCCGGUGGCAAGUCUGCACUGCUGUUCAGCCCGCUGUUCACCUCGCCGCCAAUUCCUGCGGCCUGCCAGAUACGCUUCUAUUACUGGAAGUACUACUCGUCAACUAUCUCAUCCUCCAACUUGAAUCUGCUGAUCAAUGGCAAGAUGACUACACUGUGGACUGCACCGGCUGGUGGAUCAACCAGCUGGAGGCUCGCACAAGUCACUCUUGCCAAGACUGCUCUUGCUGCCUCAGACUUCCAACUUGUCUUUGCCGCAGUACGUGGAAAUGCAAGCACAGAUAGUUACCUGGGCCUUGAUGAGAUCACGUUCUCGGAUGGAUGCUGCGUGGGCGGCAUUUCAACAUGCACUUCAACCAUCACUACUUUCAACUCUGGAUUCGACGGCUACACUCAAGAUAAGACGGACAAAUUUGAUUGGACUCGACAGAGGGGAUCAACUGGCUCAAUUAGCACUGGUCCUUCAUCUGACCAGUCUGGCUCAGGCUACUAUAUGUACAUAGAGACCUCGUCGCCGCGCGUCAGUGGAGACGUGGCGAGUCUUCUCUCCCCGGUCUACUCUGCCCCUGUCGCCACCUGUCAGUUCUCCUUCUUCUAUCACAUGUAUGGCGCAACGGUUAACAGGCUGACCGUUAACGCCGUCCCAUCAUCCGGCUCUGCCAUUCAGUUGUGGACUCUGUCCGGUAACCAAGGAAAUUCAUGGAAGUCCGCCACCGUUUCUCUGUCCAAGGUCUCCACUGUCUUCCAGCUCCAAUUUGUUGCAACGAGUGGCAGCAGCUUCACAGGAGACAUUGCUAUUGACACCAUAGCUUUCAGCUCAUCUUGCUGUGCAGUGGCGCAAAAGUCCUGCUACGUGGAGACGGCAACGUUCGAUAUCGGUCUGAACGGCUACACGCAGGUGAAGACGGACAACACAGACUGGACUCGCCGUACAGGCAGCACCACCAGCACUGCCACUGGGCCAACCCAGGAUGCCACACCUGAUACACCAAUAAACGGCUACUACAUGUACUUGGAAACCUCCGGUGGAUCAACUGGCAACAACGCCAAACUGCUCUCCCCCGUGUUCAACGCGCCCAGCACGCCGAAGAGCUGCCACGUCAAUUUCUUCUACCACAUGUACGGAUCCUCCAUUGGCACGCUCAAUGUCAGGCUCAUUGCCGGCAGCAUCAACAAGGUCAUGUUCACACAGUCCGGAGGAUCACUCAACAGCUGGCGCUGGAAGGAUUUCUUCGUCGGCCAGACCACCAAAUUCCAGCUGGAAUUCGAGGCCAUCCGAGGAGGCUCCUUCACCGGAGACAUUGCUAUUGAUCAGAUCUCUGUGCGCCAUUGCUGCCCCGAGUCACCAUGUGUCGUUAAGCCGACUGACUUCGAGAUUGGUGGCCCUAUGGGUUGGUAUCCUGGAACUGGUAACUUGCAGUGGAACAUCACAACUGGAAGUACACCAACAACCGGCACGGGACCCACAAAUGACUUCACCUUCAAGAAUGCAUCUGGUCACUAUAUCUUUUUGGUUGUGGGUGGAGGAAGUUCGGGUGAUUCAGCUACUCUCCUGAGCCCAACGUACUUGCCACCUCGCCGCACCGGUGGUCAGAUGCAGUUCUCCUACAACAUGUUUGGAAGCGGCAUUGGCACGCUGUCUCUUGACAUGAUCGUUUCCGGCGUGAAGACAAGCUUGUGGACCAAGACGGGCAAUCAGGGCACGGCAUGGCAGACUGCUAAGGUCACUAUCUCAGCUUCCGCGCCGUACCAGCUCCAGUUCACGGGGACCUACAGAGGUGCACUGGGUAACAUUGCACUGGAUGAUAUCAAGGCUGACCUGGCAACAUACUGUGUUGAUUGGAGCCAAUACAGCUCCACUGUUAUUAAGCAGUACUUCCCUCUCGGAGAGCGUGUUGUGCGUGGCAGGGACUGGAGCUGGGGACUACAAGAUGGAGGAACGGGCGCAUUCGGCAACAUCACCGGGGUGCUUGAUGGAUCAUCCACGGGAUGGGUGCGGGUUAGAUGGUCCAAUAACCAUCUCAACUCGUAUCGCAUGGGUGCAAGCAGCAAGUACGACCUCUACAGAGUUGCAGAGUUUGCCACGCCAGGAACACCCACCGUACCACCAGCACAAGCAACAGUGUGUUCGCUUGGCCUGACUGACUUUGAGACGACAGGCCUGAACUCCUGGAAACAAUCGAAAACCGACAAAUUCGACUGGACCAUUGACAACGGCGGAACACCCUCGAUUUCUACAGGACCGAGCAUAGAUCACACACUGGGAACUGCAGCUGGCCAUUAUCUGUAUAUCGAGACAUCUUCAACCGGCACUAGUGAUAAUGCAGUCCUGGUGUCACCGAGUUUCCAGCCAGUCUACGCUGCGUGCAAGAUGUCGUUCUGGUACCACAUGUACGGCUCGGCCAUCGGCACGCUGAAUGUCAAACUCUACUCGCUCACCAACAGCAUCACCAGCACGGCGUGGACCAAGAGCGGCAACCAGGGCAACGCAUGGCUCCUGGCCACCGUGGCUCUGAGUCCGUCGCUGGGCAACUUCCAGAUCAUGUUUGAAGGUAUUGAUGGCACCAGCUUCACUGGAGAUAUCGCUAUUGAUGACAUCUCCUUCGAGACAUCCUGCUGCAAAGACUGUCAUCCAACAGUGGCCUUUGGAAACACAACAUCUUCCAGCUAUCAAGGCUUCUGGGAGGAAGGUUACGACACAACCAACUGGAGACUACAGAAGGGUGCCACCGGCUCUUCGAGCACAGGUCCACCUGCUGACCACACUGGAGCUGGCUACUAUGCCUACCUGGAGACCAGCUCACCACGAAGAGCUGGCGACAAUGCAGUGCUGGUAUCACCAGCAUACCUUCCUCCCACCAGUGGAAACUGCAAGAUGACGUUUUGGUACCAUAUGUAUGGUACGACCAUCGGCACCCUGAAGGUCUUCAUCAACUCCUACUACGGCCAGUCCAUGGCCUGGUCUAAGAGCGGUAACCAGGGAAACCUGUGGAUCAGCACCAGUGUUACUGUGCCACAGUACCGUGCCUGGGUUCACACGUUCCGCUUCGAAGCCAUUGCUGGCUCCAGCUUCACGGGAGACAUUGCCAUCGAUGACAUCUCAUUCUCUGCUGACUGCGGAUGUGUGUCCUGCUCCUCUCAGAUCAACUUUGAGACAACAAGACCAUUGACAAGCCUUGUCCAGUCCAAAUCAGACAAGUUUGACUGGACGUUGGCUGCAGGUGCAACUCCAAGUGGAAGCACCGGCCCAUCUGUCGACCACACAACAGGCACCGGAACUGGACGCUACAUCUACAUGGAAACGUCCGGACGCAGCGUCGGUGACACGGCCGUGAUCUCUAUGCCCAAGGUGCCGGCUCCACCGGGCCCCGCCUGUGCCCUGGUCUUCUGGUACCACAUGUAUGGCAGCAGUAUUGGAACUCUGGCCGUGGCUCUGUCAGGUAGCUCAACCUCCAUGUGGAGCAAGACAGGUAGCCAAGGAAACUUCUGGCAGAGAGCCGUUGUGCCCAUCACUGGCAAAACUGGUUUCGGAAUCACCUUCACUGGCACAGUGGGCACAUCGUUCACUGGUGAUAUUGCUCUCGAUGACAUCUGGCUUACUCCAGACUGCUGCACAUCUCGUCCUGACCUCAGCAAGUUCAAUACUAAGGAUCUGGCAUAUGCCUUCAGAACUGGCGUGCGUGUCAUCCGUGGCAAGGACUGGUCCUGGGGCACCCAGGGCAGCGGUGGACCGGGUUCUAUUACCCAGGGUCUGGGCAACUACUCCUCGACCGGAUGGGUGCAGGUCAGAUGGGAUGAUGGCCACCUUAAUGCCUAUCGCAUGGGAUCUGCCAGCAAGUAUGACCUCUAUCUGCAAAUUCCAGCUGUUGCCGCGAUUGUUGUAUCACCAACUCCAACGGCACCAUCCACGGCACCCACAACAUCUCCAACUCUGCCUCCCCUCCAGCCAGGUUGCGAGGACUGGACCACCUACACCACCGCCCAGCUGGCCGCCAAGUUCAAGCUGUCGACCCGUGUUACGCCGUAUGGCCGCGACUGGUCUUGGGGCUCGCAGAACGGUGGCAAGAACGGCACUGUCAUUGGAGCUCUGACCGCCGGCUACGUACGUGUCACCUGGGACAACGGCUACACCAAUUCCUACAGGAUGGGCGCCACCGGCAAAUACGAUCUCUGUAUUGAAGUGGGCGUUAUUGGAUCACCUAAUGCCGCAUGUACCACUCCCGCUUUGGACUUUGAGGAAACUGGUACCAAGGCCCUUGGCAACUGGACACAAGACACUAAGGACGACUUUGACUGGAGUAUUCACUCCGCAAGUACUGGCAGCUUUGCAACUGGACCAACGAAUGACCAUACCUUUGGCAAUUCUUCUGGCCACUACAUUUACAUUGAGACAUCUUUCCCGCGGACCAGAGGCGAUGUAGCUCGCCUGUCCUCUCCAGUUUUCACAAGCAAUGUCGUUGGCUGCCGCGUGGUCUUCUGGUACCACAUGUAUGGUGGUACUGUUGGAAACCUGACUUUAACGGCACAGAACAUCGCCAACCAGCGUACGUUCACCCUCUGGACAAUGACGGGUGAUCAAGGUGACAAAUGGCAACGCGGCUCCGCCAACAUUGCCAACAUCACCGGCUCGUUCCGACUGACGUUCACCGCCGUCACCGGAAGCAGCUUCACGGGGGACAUUGCACUCGACGACAUCUACUUCGACAAGAGCUGCUGCGGCAAUCCAACGUGCGGUGCCGCCAGAUCUGACUUUGCGUCCGGAAUGGACGGAUUCACUCAGGUCUCGACUGACGACUUUGACUGGACUCGGUCCAACGGCCGCACGUCCAGCUCGGGCACCGGCCCAUCGUUUGACCACACCACUAACACCACAAGUGGUUACUAUAUGUACAUCGAGACAUCGCUGCCGCGCACCAGCGGUGACAAGGCACAGCUGAUGUCACCGCUCUACCAAGAGCCGUCCACUACCUGCUCGUUCACUUUCUGGUAUCAUAUGUAUGGCGCUAGCAUCGGCUCCCUCAAUGUCUAUAUUGUCCGCCGUGGUAUCAACACCAGGGUCUUCAGUCAAGCGGGGCAAAUCGGCAAUCGCUGGGUCUCAUCUGGCUCACUCAAGGUUGGCCUAGGCGGCCAGUUCCAGGUGAUGUUUGAAGGUGUAACUGGCUCAAGCUUCACUGGUGAUAUUGCCAUUGAUGACUUCCAAUUUAGCCAAGACUGCUGUCCAACUUCAGCAUGUACGGCAGCAAAGACUCCAACAACGUGGGACACCAGCAGCGGAGGCUCAUCCUUCCAGGGCUACAUCCAGGAUGCUAGUGACAACUUUGACUGGAGCCUGGACAACGGCGGUACAUCCAGUUUCAGCACUGGGCCCGGCACUGACCACACGUCGGGAACCAGCAGUGGGUACUAUGCCUACAUCGAGACCUCGUUCCCGAGGAGGGUCUCCGAUGUGGCCCGCCUCAUCUCGCCAGUGUACACGUCUGACGCGAAGUACUGCGGCGUGACCUUCUGGUAUCAUAUGUAUGGAACCACGGUUGGCACACUCAACGUCUACAUCAGGACACCAUUCAAGACCACUAAGCUCUGGUCGAAGAGCGGAAACCAGGGCAACAACUGGCUGCUGGGAACGGCCUCAAUCGGCUCAACAGAUCCAGAGCAGUUCCAGCUUAUCUUUGAGGGUAUCGUUGGCACAAGCUUCACUGGUGACAUUGGUCUGGAUGACAUUGCUCUCACCCAGGCCUGCUGCAAGGGCACUGUACCAACAACCUGCGGUACUGCAGCAAUAAACUUUGAGCCUGGAUAUGAAGGCUAUACGCAAUCCUCUCAGGACAAGUUUGAUUGGACACGCCAGACAGGAGGCACCUCUUCCUUCUCAACUGGACCGUCCAGUGACCAUACCACUGGCUCAGGUUACUAUCUGUUCAUCGAGACAUCGUCCCCGCGCCGCCGUGGUGACAACGCAAUUAUUGCCUCACCAACGUACAACAACAGCCUGCAGCUCUGCUCAUUUGACUUCUGGUACCACAUGUACGGCACGACCGUUGGUACGCUCAACGUCUACAUCAACCAGACUGGCACAGCUCAGAAACUAGCCUGGUCCAGGUCGGGCAACAAUGGCAAUAGAUGGAAGAAGGCCCGAGUACCCGUGGGCCGCUUCCUUGACACCUUCCAGAUUGUGUUUGAGGGUGUUGUUGGUACCAGCUUCACUGGUGACAUUGCUAUUGAUGACAUCUCCUUCAACACGGAUUGCUGUGCAGUCGUGUGCCCCGACGACUACUCACCGUACAAUACCUUCCAGAUGUCCUACAUCUUUGGGCCCGGCGUGAGAGUACAGCGUGGACCCGACUGGCUCUCGACUUACGGCAAUGUGGACGGUGGACUGGGUGCACUGGGCACUGUCAUUGCCAAGCUUGGCUCGGCUAGUCCUGGCGUUGUCACCGUACAGUGGGAUGCCGGACAGACUGCCCUGUAUCGUGUUGGAACACAACUCGAUGUCUGCCGCGCCAAUGCUCUUCCGGAUUACUCGCAGUUCUCCAAUCAGACCCUCACCGGAAUGUUCACCUCCGGCAUCCGCGUCAUUCGUGGCCGGGACUGGAAGUGGGGAGCUCAGGAUGGCAACUCCGAGGGAAUCGUUACGCUCAGUACAAACACUAGCAACUCGCCGGGCUGGGUCCACGCUACGUUUGUUGCCCACCAGAACUCAUACCGCGUCGGUGCCGAGGGUGCAUUUGACCUGUGGCGUGUCAGAGACUUGAUCCCAAUCAACUACACAAUUCCAAUUUCCUCCACGGCACCACCAACAGUCCAGCCCGUUGGAAACCUCUCAUCUAUCCCAUGCGGUGUGAACAAUGACUUUGAGAAUGGCCUGAGCGGCUUUAUCCAGGACAGACGCGACACAUUCGACUGGAGUGUAGGCUCUGGCUCCACACCAUCAUCUGCAACUGGUCCCGCGAGUGACCAUACCUAUGGCAACUCUACGGGCAAGUAUCUGUUCAUCGAGGCAUCGUCGCCACGCCGCGCUGGAGACUACGCCCGCCUGUUCUCGCCUGCCUAUCAGCCAGCAGAGACGGUGGCCUGCGGCUUCUCCUUCUGGUACCACAUGUCUGGCACAGGUACAGGCAACCUGACAGUGCAGCUAGCAACACCCACCAGUCUCAGAACCAUCUUCUCCAAGGCGGGUGACCAGACCAGUGUAUGGCAGCAGGCUCAAGUGCCGCUGCCCACCGUCAGCUUUGUGCCAUGGUUCCAGUUGGUGUUUGUAGCAACCGUCGGUCCAUCCUUCUCCAGUGACAUCUCCAUUGACGACUUUAGAUUCUACAAGGACUGCUGCUCGGCUUGCAACGGACCACAAACAUUUGAAUCUGGUCUGAGUGGCUGGACCCAGGACACGUCUGAUGACUUCGACUGGACCUUGGACCGGGCUGGCACCAGCUCAAGCUCAACUGGACCCAACGUUGACCACACGUUUGGCACAUCACUUGGCCAGUACCUGUACAUCGAGACGUCUUUCCCUCGUGUCAACGGCGACGAGGCGGUCAUCACCUCGCCACUCUUCUCUGCACCGCGCUCCGACCUGUGCUCCAUGACCUUCUGGUAUCACAUGUUCGGCACCACCAUCAACGAGCUCAGCGUUGGUAUCACUUACCGUGGAACAACCACCGUGCUCUGGACAAAGAAGGGCAAUCAAGGAAACCGCUGGAUCUCUGCCUCUGUCAAGUUACCUUCUAGCACCUACUCUGGUCCAUUCCAGAUCUCGUUCCGUGGUCUUGCUGGUACCUCAUUCACCGGUGACAUUGGUAUUGAUGACGUCUCGUUCUCGGAUGAAUGCUGCCCAGGCUGCAAUGGCCCAACAACGUUCGACAGCGGAAAGCUUCCAGCCAACUUCGCCUCGACAUCGUCCGGCUCGACCAGCCUUACCUGGAAGGUGACCAACACGGCACUGUCUGCCUUCUCUGGCCCGACUGCCGACCAUACGACUGGCAAAGGCUACUUUGCAUAUGUUGACUCAUCAGCGACACAUGCCAGUGGUAGCACCGUGACCCUCAGCGGUCCCAUCCUCUCCGCGCCAACCAGUCCCAGCUGUUCAGUCACGCUCUUCUACAACAUGUUUGGCGUCUCCAUCUCCAAGAUGGCGGUCAACGUGCGCCAGGCAGGUGGUCCGGUGGUUGCUGGCCGCACCUUCCUUGGAAAUCUUGGCAACGUCUGGCGCUCAGUCACCAUCGCUGUUCCAAUGUCCGCUGGCCACUUCCAGCUGGAGGUCACCGGAACACUCAACACCGGCUCACUGGGUUACAUGGCUAUUGAUGACAUCAUCUACAGCACCGGAUGCUGCAACAAUGCAGUCAAGCCGCCAAUCUAUUCUGUGUACUCCGACGCUCAGAUGAUCGGUCUGUUCCCUAUUGGCACACGCGUCGUUCGUGGCAAGGACUUCGUCUACUCUCACCCGGGAAGCAGCGGUGUUGGUAACGUCACGACCGCAUGGUCGGCCGGCUAUGUGAAGGUCGCAUGGGGCACAAGUUCAGUAUCCUAUACAUAUGCUAUGGGUGCUAACGGACUCUAUGAGCUGUACAGACUGGCUGAUCUGCUGACAGGAGCGGUGACAUUUGCUCCCACAUCCCCCCAGCCCACUACACCACCAACUCCCAACUACGCGCUACUGUCCAUUCCUCAGCUGGCAAUCAUGUUCGGUGCUGGCACACGUGUCCUGCGCGGUCGAGACUGGCAGUAUUCCUUCCAGGACGGCGGUCCGACUGGCCGUGGUACCGUGCAGAAGUUUGUCUUGCCCACAUCUUCAUCGGCACCAGCCCUGGUGCAGGUCAAGUGGGAUAACGGAAAUGUGUACUCAUACCGAAUGGGUGCCGGCUCCUAUGACCUGGCUCGUGUUCAAGAUAUCGGCUUGCCUUCAGUGACAGGACCCUUCAUCACUACUGCACCACCCACGCCAUCCGCACCUAUCAACUAUGGCGCCUUCAGCAUUGCUCAGCUGCAGCUCCUCUUCCCCGUAGGCACUCUAGUCACGCGUGGUCGAGACUGGAAGUGGGGCGACCUGGACGUCAGUCCCACCAUGGUGGGUAAUGUCAGCAUUGCACUGGACGCACAGGGCUACGUUCAGGUCACCUGGGCCAACGGAUUCGUAGGCUUCUAUCGCAUGGGCUAUGCCAAUGCGUACGACCUGUACCGUCUUGUCGAUCUUACAAGCCCACCAACUCCACCAGUCGUCACCACACAGCCGACACCUACUCCUGCAUGCCGUCCUCGCACAACAUUUGAGAGUGGCCUGAUGGGCUACACGAACGAUGCCAGCAAUGACAUUGACUGGGGUUUGAACAGAGGUAAUACAGGAUCAUUUGCUACCGGUCCGUCGGUGGACCACACUCUGGGAAAUUCCCUUGGUCAGUACGUGUACCUGGAGACAUCUUCCCCAGCCAGCGCUGGAGACGAGGCUCGCCUGAUCUCCCCAGCCUACCCGUCGCCUCCAGGAAGUAUCUGCCAGGCCACUUUCUGGUACCACAUGUACGGUGCAACCAUCGGCACACUGAAUGUCUACAUCAAGUUGAGCAAUGGCACGUCACUGCUUGCCUGGACAAAGAAGGGUGAUCAGGGUGACACGUGGUACCAGGCACAGUUCGCUAUUGGCAAGACUAGUGGCACAUUCCAGCUUGUGUUUGAGGGAAUUGCUGGCACUAGCUUCACUGGUGAUAUUUCCAUCGACGACGUUUCCUUUGGUAUUGGAUGCUGUGGAGCUUCCCCCGAUUACAGUAUCUAUGGCCAGGCUCAGCUAGCAGGGCUCUUUGCUGUGGGCACACGUGUUGUUCGCGGCAAGGACUGGCAGUGGGGUAGCCAGGACUCCUUCGGUCAAGGAACAGUCACAGCCAACCUGACCAGCGGUGGCUACCUGCAGGUCAGGUGGGACAACGGCAACUCGUUCAGCUAUCGAAUGGGAGCUCUCUCCAUGUAUGACCUGUAUCGCGUCAUCGACUUGACAUACACUCUACCACCAACAGCUGCAACGGCUGCUCCAGGCUGUGUCACAUACGACUUUGAAGAUGGCACGGAUGGAUUCGUUCAGUCACAGUCCGGCGACGAUGACUUUGACUGGUCGCGUGGCCGGUCCGGGACUUCGUCCUUCGGUACAGGACCUUCCAUCGACCACACUCUGGGCACUCCGGCUGGUAGCUACAUGUUCAUUGAGACUUCGUUCCCACGUGUGAUUGGUGACCGUGCCAUCAUGCUCUCUCCGGCAUUCAACCCACCACCACGCGCCGGCUGCUCGGCAUCCAUCUGGAUUCACAUGUACGGUGUGGACAUUGACAGGCUGGAAAUCUGGCUGAUCACCAACGCCGGCAACACGUCCCUGCUGGUGGUUCCCGGAGAUCAUGGCGAUGUGUGGAUGAGGCGAACUCUCUCACUUGCCAGUGUCUCAACUGCAUACAGACUCUUGUUCAUCGGCUACGUUGGACCAAGUUUCCAGGGAGACAUUGCCAUUGACGACCUGACAUUCGAAGCUGGAUGCUGUCCAGUGUACCCCGACUACUCGGCCUACAGCCCAGCGCGCAUCAUGUCAACAUUCCCCAUCGGCACCCGUGUCAUUCGCGGCAAGGACUGGUCCUGGGGCAGUGACGAUGGCGGUAAGGGUGGUACCGGUACAGUGACCAGCGCCCUCAGCAGCAACGGUUACAUGCAGGUCACCUGGGAUGCAGGCAAGAAGGGCAGCUAUCGCAUGGGUGCCAGUGGCAUGUACGACCUCUACCUAGCUCCAGUUGUAAGUUGCAACCCACUCUCACCACCCACAUACGGCAGCCUGACUGGUGGCUACAACAUUCAUGACACGGUCACUCUCACCUGCCAAGCUGGCUACACUCUGAGUGGUCCGGCAACGAGGACGUGCACUAGCAUGGGCAGCUGGACUAACGGCGCCACGGCCUGUGUCAAAACAUCGGCUGACUACUCCAAGUACACAGCUGCAGAGCUUGCUGCCAUCUUCACUACCGGCGCCCGUGUUGUACGAGGACCUAACUGGGUAUUUGGAACACAGGACAAGAGUGGCCCUGGCACCAUUAUCCAGGGACUUGGUGCCUACGUCAAGCCUAACCAUAUCCAGGUUGCCUGGGACUACGCCAAGGCAGUCUUCUAUGAAUAUCAGGUCGGUGCUGGCACGUUUGAGGUGCAACUCUACGCCGCAUCCAGCUGCCCAGUCCUGAAGGCACCUGUUGAUGGUUCAAUCACCGCCAACACCGGCAAGUUUGGUGAGAAGGUGACGGUCACAUGCCGCACUGGCUACGCCCUGCAAGGAUCCAUCAGCCGUACCUGCCAGGCGCCUGGUCUCUGGUCUGGCCUCACGGCCGUCUGCUCAGCUGCAUGCAAGGCCUCCCAAUGGCAGUGCGAUGACGGCACCUGCAUUCCCAAGGCCGGCCAUUGCGACGGUCUCCACACAGACUGCUCUGACGGUUCUGAUGAGAAGUACUGCUCGAUUAUUUUGCCAACCGCCGCUAGUAACAACUGCACGGCUGCACAGUUCGCUUGUGCCACCGGCGCCUGCAUUCCCAAGGCGCAGAACUGCGACGGCAACUGGUGGGACUGCGUGGACGGCAGCGACGAGAUUGGCUGCACCAACACCACUGCUCAGUCGCUGCCCGACUACAGCACCUACACAGCUGCCAAGCUGCAACAGUUGUUCCACAUCGGUGCACGUGUGGUGCGUGGAAAGGACUGGAGCUACGGCUCACAGGACGACUUUGGCGUCGGCACCAUCAUCUCCAACUUCACAGCCAGCUACCUCGUACAAGUGCAGUGGGAUUCCGGACGUAUCUUCUCUUACCGCAUGGGAUACUCGAGCAAGUAUGACUUGUACCUGGUGCAAGGAACCAACUGUCCAGCUCUGCAGAGCAUCCUGUAUGGAUUCGUCACCACGUCUGGCUUGGCCCACAACGAUGUAGGAACGUACUCUUGCAAGUCAGGCUAUGUCCUUCAGGGCAUUGCACAACGUACCUGUGUCGGAGGUUUCUGGUCUGGUUCUCAGCCAACUUGUGUCCUUCCGGCCAAUGCCACCCGAUUCCAGGACUACAGCAAGCUGUCGCCCGUCGUCAUUGCCAACUUGUUCAAGGUUGGCACGCGUGUAGUACCGGGACAGGACUGGAUCUGGGGUAACCAGAACGGUGGUCUGCCAGGCACAGUCGUCUCGACCAUCUCCGCAGCCGGCUGGAUGAACGUCAUCUGGGACAACAACCACAACAACUUCUACCGCAUGGCCAAUGGAUUCUUCGACUUGGCAUUGGCUAACGUCUCAGGCUGCUUGCCUCUCGGAUCACCUGCUAAUGGCUACCAGCAAGGAACUGGCACCGCUGUCGGUGACUCGGUCAGUUUCGGAUGCUUCCCGCCAUACGUGCUGCAAGGACCCACAGUGCGCACAUGCCAGGCUGAUGGAUUCUUCGACGGCAUCGACUCCUAUUGUGCAAAGGUCAUUCAGCCGUGUACCAGCUCUCAGGUGCGCUGUGCCGGUAGCACUGUGUGCAUUGCCAAGUCAGCCUGGUGUGAUGGUAAACAGUUUGACUGUCCUGAUGGCUCCGAUGAGCUCUACUGUGGAAGCACUAACACAACUGGUAAGAACUGCACAGCACUGACGGCGCCUUUGAACGGCAAGGUGACCGGAACAGGUGUCACGCCCGGCACUGGUCUCUUCUUCGCCUGCAACGCACCCUACGUACUCCAGGGCAGCGUUGUGCGCUACUGCGACGUCUCCGGAACGUGGAGCGGCGUUCCUGCUACAUGCUCAAUCCCUGAUAUUCCCUGCAAGUACCACGAGUUCAAGUGCGGUGGCAGUGGUGGUUGUAUCUCGGCCACUAAGGUCUGCGACGGUGUGUGGUAUGACUGCCCGGAUGGCUCCGACGAGAGCAACUGCACUAGCACACGCGGCACUGCAGCACCAGGUCAAGACUGUCUGCCCCAGCAGACUCCACCAAAUGGCUACAUCCAGGGAGCCAGCAUGACCAGCUACGGCAGCCAGAUUGCGUUUGGCUGCUACCAGCCAUACGUUCUCCAGGGAUCUGCCACCCGCACCUGCCAGCUGAGUGGCAAGUGGGAUGGUGUACCACCUGUCUGCACAUUGGCCUCACCUUGCAAGAGUGGCUUCCAGCCAUGUCGUGAUGGUACCUGCCUGGCCUCAUCCAAGUUCUGCAAUGGCGUUUUCUUUGAGUGUCCAGACAACACAGACGAAUAUCAAUGCGGCACGACUGGACCCGGUGUGUGCACACCGCUAGCUAAACCGACCAACGGCUACUCCCAGGGCACAAACUAUUCUGCUGGAGGCAGCGUCGUCUUCGGCUGCAAUUCCGGAUACAACCUGCAGGGAAGCAUUGUGCGCAUCUGCCAGAUUGACGGUUCCUGGAGUGGGGCAGCUGCCUCAUGUAAUCCCAUUCAACUGCAGUGCAAGUCUGGCUACCUGUCCUGCCUGCGUUCCAGUGGCUGUAUCCUGCCAUCACAGCGCUGCGACGGUGUUUGGUACGACUGUGCUGAUGGCUCUGAUGAACAGUACUGCCCAGGCAAGGCCACACCAGCUCCAGGUCAAACCGACUGUCAGGUCCUGUCACCACCGGCACUGGGCUCAAUGACCGUGAACGGCUUGAUGUUCACAAACACGACCACGUUUGUGUGCACAUCUCCCUAUGUCCUUAUGGGCUCGGCCGUGCGUACUUGUGAAAUCAACGGCCAGUGGAGCGGCGUGCAGCCAACUUGCGUCCUGACGACUGCUGUCUGUCGCUACAACCAGUGGAGAUGCCACAGCGGCCAGUGCAUCACGCAGUCGGCUCGCUGCAACGGCCACCUGUACGACUGCCGUGACGGAUCCGACGAGCUGUACUGCCCUGCCACCACUCCCACACCACAGGCAACGCAGGUGUUCACUGGCACUCCAGUACCUCCCACCACAACACAAGCUCCAGCAACCACACAACAAACUGGAACAACUGCGGUGCAGACUGAAGGCCCAACAACCAGGUCGCUUGCAGGACAAAAAUGUCCGUCUGCGCUGGAUUCCUGCCAGAAUGGUGCCAGCUGUCAGUUGGAUGCCGAUGGACUUCCAAUAUGCUUCUGCAAACCUGGCUACUCAGGUCUUUACUGUCAACAUCAAGAAACCGGAGUAGAACAACCUUGUGCCGCUCAAGUAGCCCUGGCCUGCAGCAAUGGCGGACGCUGCAACUACAACCCCAACACGGGAAUAACAUACUGCCAGUGCCCUGUUGGUUUUGGUGGUCUACUGUGCCGUGACCAGGACAUAGCACCCACGGAGGCACAGACAGGCGUAGGCGGCACCACUGCCAACAACACUGCUCUUCUCGUCGGUGUGGGCAUCCUGGCCGGAUUGGUGCUGAUCGUAGCCCUUCUAGCCAUCAUCUUUGUUGUCUCUAGGCGCAAGCCCCAACCAAAUGCGCGCAGCCCCGCCCCACAUGGCUCUGGAUUCGAGCGAUUUAAUGAUGAUCUACCUUUGACGUCUGGCAUGGAAACACCGACUGGCAGUCUGCGUGGCAUGUCGGCCCUCGGUGGACCAAGCGGCCAUUCACGACCAGGUAUCUCUAAUCCACUGUACUCUGAAGGUGGCGAGGGCGCAAUCAACUACUAAUUGCACUGCUAUCGUCGCCCAUUGUUAGCUCCACAUCCUACUAGCCAACAUGGAAAGAUUAACAUGGAAAGACUACAACAAGAGUCAAAAUAAACUUGAUCUAGUGUCUCUCGCUAUCUCCACAUCAUUCAUUUCUUCUUGCAUAGCGUUUGCCUACUGCUAGCUAUAUUCUAUUGCCUCCUGUACAGUUUUCAGUGUCCGUUCUUUGUUAGCAUUUUGCUAUUCUGCAGAGUUUUACUGCACCCCGGCACAUGUAAUGAAUUUAUAUGUAUACUAUUUGAUAUCGUCAUGACAACAGGAUUGUCACGUGGCUGCUGCCAUACACAGAACAUGCUGCUACCUUAAUAAUGCUGCAGUACCGCCAUGAAUCUCACGGUAAAUUGAGAAAGUCAGCAAAAUUUUGAAA